AAACAACCUAAACAGUGUCAGUAAAAUUCAUUCAUAUUAGCUGGCGUUUUAGUAUUGAUUAUGAAUGACAAGUUUGUACUUGAAGAGUGUGGUAUUUAAACCAAACAGAGUUAGGUAAACGUUUUAGACGAUCGCCAUUUUUCCACAGAAGUGUGUGACGGCGAUAGAGAUGAGUGACUCCAGUGACGAUGAGGAAUGGCAGCUCAGUGUGGCGUCAGAAGACGUGGAGUGUGACGUAUGUGAGUAUGAGGACGUGGCCAUGCAGUGUGAGACCUGCCUCGUCAACCUAUGUAGGGGAUGUGUUCAGAAACACCUGGAGUCAAAGGUAGACGAGAAACACAGCAUCUCCAGAUUUCCCGGCUUCAUCCACCAAUACCCAGCAUGCUCCUCUCAUGAUAACAAACGAUGUGAACUGUAUUGUAAAGAUUGUGACGAUCCCAUUUGCAUCACGUGUAUUACGUCAGAGAAACACCGCGGUCAUGAUUUACAAGACGUCCUGAAAACGUUUCGAGACAGACGAAGAUCAUUUUAAAGUGAUAUUUCUUCAUUUGAAAAGGGCAUAUCAAUGACAGCUUUUGUAAAAUGCAUACUAGUAUAUCAGCUACCAGUGUAUCGAAGACAAUUUUUUUUACGAUUUGUACAUUGUUGAGUUUAAAAGUUUUGUAGAUUGUGCUGUCCAGAAAUGAGCACAAAGAAUAAAAUUGUAGCCAUGGUGA